AUGCCCUUUCCGGUUGAGGUAUGCAGGGAUGCCCCAGUUGUCGUAACAUAUAUAUUUACUAUAUCUCUGUGGUAUUUUGCUGAAGCAUGCCCCAGUUGUCGUAACAUUUGCAACUGUACAGCUUGCUUACAGUCUGAUGUGGCUAAUGAAGAAUUGCUGAUCCCAGACCUUUGCAUCAGUGACAAGACUCAGUACUCAAAGUAUAUUGUUCGAGUACUUCUUCCGUUCUUGAAGAACUUUGUCGCUGAGCAUAAUAUGGAAACAGACCACGAGGCCAGAAUUCAAGGCUUAUCGGUUGCAGGACUACGGCUUCCCAAAGCAAACCAUAGCCAUGAAUAUCAACUGAAAAAAUGCGGUAAUUGCAAAUCUUCAGUAUUUGAUAUUCACCGAAGCUGCCCAAACUGUUCAUACAAGCUUUGUGUGAGCUGCUGCCAAGAGAUUAGAAACGGCUUUGUUUCUGACUGUAAACUGACAAAUAACGGUAACAUUAUUUGUCCACCUCAAGGCAUGGGGGGCUGUGGUCCGAGGAUUCUGGAGUUGAAGUCCACGUAUCCAGUUAACUGGAUAUCGGAACUGCUAACCAAAGCAGAAUUCCGGACCAAAAACAUUUCCAAUGGCACCUAUAUAAAGGUGAGCCUGUAA